AUGGCAGCGAUUGGGAGUUUCGAAGGAUUCCAGCCUGUGUCUCUGAAGCAAGAGGGAGAUGACCAACCCUCUGAGACCGAUCACCUGUCCAUGGAGGAGGGGGACCCAGGCAAGGACCCAGUGCCCGGGCAGCUUUCAAGGCAGUCAAGUGUAACCGAAUCGACACUUUACCCCAAUCCUUAUCAGCGGCCUUAUAUCUCACGGAAGUACUUCGUUGCACGGCCGGGGGCCAUUGAGACUGCCAUGGAAGACUUGAAAAGCCACGUAGUGGAUACUUCUGGAGAGACCAUUCAAGGCUUCUGGCUCUUGACAGAGAUAGACCACUGGAAUAAUGAGAAGGAGAGGAUUUUGCUUGUCACAGACAAGACUCUCUUGAUCUGCAAAUAUGACUUCAUCAUGCUCAGCUGUGUGCAGCUCCAGCGGAUUCCCCUGAGUGCCAUCUAUCGCAUCUGCCUGGGCAAGUUUGUCUUCCCUGGGAUGUCACUGGACAAGAGACAAGGAGAAGGCCUUAGGAUCUACUGGGGGAGUCCGGAGGAGCAGUCCCUCUUGUCUCGCUGGAACCCAUGGUCCACUGAGGUUCCUUACGCUACUUUCACUGAGCAUCCUAUGAAAUACACCAGUGAGAAGUUUCUCGAAAUUUGCAAGUUGUCUGGCUUCACGUCUAAGCUUGUUCCAGCUAUCCAGAAUGCCCACAAGAAUUCUACUGGAUCUGGAAGAGGAAAGAAGCUGACGGUGUUAACUGAACCUAUUUUGAUCAAUACCUAUAUGGGGCUGAUGUCAUUCAUUGGAAACCGCAACAAACUUGGCUAUUCCCUUGCCCGUGGGAGCAUUGGUUUUUGA